GCUUUAGAUGUAUUCGUGUUCUCGGCUUUUUUAAUUUCGACGCUUUUAAGUGGCUCUUGUUAUGGAGAUGUUUUAGGAUGUGGCGGAUAUGUAAGGAGCGACGUAGAAAUUAAUUAUGCUCAAGUAGGAAUUAAAUUGUAAUGUCAGGUUACGUAAGUAUGACAUUUUAAGUAUGAGGCUACAAGGGAGAUCACACCUAUUAUAUGAGUGCAGUAUAAUAAAUAAUUUUGCUUUUAAACAUUGGUUCACCCCUGGAUUUGUUUACAAUGAGCAGGCAGUAACAAAGGUUUACAAAUCAAGGAAAUCUAAAGUAUGAGACAGAGUGCGCCCCAAAUAAUGGUUAUUACUUUAUACCUUUAUAUGAUAAAGGACAAUAUGUGAUCAAGGUGUCCCCUCCGUCUGGGUGGAGUUUUAAACCAGAUGCUGUUUCACUGAAGGUUGAUGGAGAGACUGAUGAUUGUAGCAUGGGAAAAGACAUCAACUUCCACUUUCAGGGUUUUGCUGUAAUUGGCAAGGUGGUCAGUGCUGGGAGUGAUUCAGGUCCUAAAGGUGUGACAGUCUCUCUCUACAGAGGGGAUGCAUUAAUCCAAACAACAGAAACGGAAGAAGGUGGAUCGUAUGUUUUCACCCCCUUAUCUUCUGGAAAGUUCUCUGUUGUUGCAUCACAUCCAACAUGGACAUUCUUAAAUGAACGCGUUGAAGUUGAGGUUGCUGAUGAAAAUGGAGAUGCUGGUUCAUCUCUUGUUGUUGGGGGAUACAGCUUAUCUGGCAGUGUGACAACUGAUAGCCAACCAGCACCUGGGGUUAAUUUUGUUCUACAUGCUAAAGAUCCUGAUGUCACAGUACCAGUCUGUAUUCAAGGAAGUCCAGAGGGAUAUCAGAAUGCAGUAGACUUACCAGUUGUAUGCCAUGUUGUGUCUGGCAAGGAUGGCGUGUUUGGAUUUUCAUCAGUUGCACCUGGAGAUUACAUAUUAACUCCAUACUUUGAGUCAGACACAACUAAAUAUGAAGUGAUUCCAGGACUUAUAGUAGUGGCUGUUGGCCAUGAUGAUGUAGUUCUCCAACAAGCUUUCAAGGUUGAAGGGUUCAGUGUUACAGGAAAAAUUACGAAGACAGCUGGUGGAGAGGCACUUGCUGGAGCAAAAGUUACACUUGAUAAAAGUAUUUCGACUAUUACUGAUGAAACUGGGAGUUACAGUUUCCAUAACAUCAGAUCGGGAAAGCAUAAGCUUAAAGUAACCUCUGAUAAAUAUGCUUUUGAAGAUGUUAUGGUUACCAUUUCUCCACGCAAUCCAAAACUUGCUGACAUUUCUCCUACGAAAUUCCAAGUGUGUUUUUCUGUUACUGUAGAGAAGAGUGCGUAUCACACUGGGCCAUGGACCAUUGAGGUUCGUAGCGAUGUUGGAUCGGAAGUGACAACUACAACAGAUGGGGAUGGCAUUGGAUGCAUUAUGUUACAUCCAGGAUCCUAUUCAGCAUCCAUCAAAUUAUCAUCUGCAGCAGAUGAAGCUGGCAUGAGAUUUGGUCCCUUGGAACAUGUGUUUACUGUGGUAGCAGAUGCUAUUGAUGAGCUGGCCUUCUCACAGUUCUUAGGAGAAAUUAUUGGAAAAAUCUCCUGUCUAGAAAAUUGUCCUAAUAUGACAGUAGUGCUCCGUUCAGCCAAAGGAGAAUCAUUCGCACUUCGUGAUACUGUUGCUGUUGAUGGGAAGUUUUCCAUCACUGAGGUUGUUCCAGGUUUAUACCAGCUAACUGUAAAAAUGGGAGAAUGGUGUUGGGAUAUGAAAACAAUUUCUGUGACUGUGAACACACAAAAUGUGGAAGUGUCCUUCCAACAGGUGGGAUAUCAGUUAACAUUAGCAUCAUCUCAUGAGACGACAAUGAGCUAUACUACCAACUCUGGCUCAUCAGGUACUGUUGUAGCUCAGAAGGGUAGUACUCGUGUUUGCGUGUCAUCCCCAGGCAUUUACACUUUCACUCCAGUAGGAUGUCACAAGUUUGCCUCUGCACAGAUUCAGUGGGACACUGCUUCACCCACUUUAAUAACUUUGUCUGCUACAAAGCAUCAGCUUACUGGUGCCAUCAGAUCUACAGAAGUAGCACCUUUUACAGUGAAGGUGAAAUCUAAAUAUAAGGUUAAUGUACUAGGUCCUUUAAACCCAUCCUCUGAGGAUCCCAACUUAUAUGUAUUUGAACAUUGGGUACGUGAAGGUGAAACUAUUGUACUGACUCCUGGUUCACCAACUAAUUUGUAUCAGUAUGAACCAGCAUCUCAUGAAUUCACAAUGCCAACUGAUUGUGUGAUGAAUGCAGUAACUUUUAAAGCUGAACGUGCACUUUUUAUUCAUGGUAAGGUGGUUCCUCCUUUGGGUGGAGUAACUAUCAAUGUAGAAGGUGGAAAUGAUGUUUAUACUUAUACUACUGAUUCAGAGGGAAAAUACACAGCAGGACCUCUUGAUAAUUCAGUUCCAUACACUGUAACUGCUGAAAAGAAGGGCUAUGUCAUGAAUGCCCUUAAAGAAAAGGGACAUUUUGAAGCUUACAAGCUAGCAGAAGUUGUUGUUGAGGUUAAAGAUGAAAAUGAAGAACCCUUGUCUGGGGUGUUGGUAUCAAUGUCUGGAGGUAAAAGUUAUCGGCAGAAUAGUCUUACAGAAGAUGAUGGCACCAUCGCUUUUCUUUCCUUAACUCCUGGUGAUUACUUUUUAAGACCAAUGAUGAAGGAAUAUACUUUUGAGCCACCCUCAAAAAUGGUGACUAUUGAAGAAGGUGCUGCGAUAGUGGUUACCAUCAGUGGAUCUCGAGUGGCUUAUAGUGUUUAUGGACAAACUGUGUCAUUAAGUGGGGAGGCUGAAACGGAUGUAGUUGUUGAGGCAGUUGGUAAAGAAGGAGAUUGCACUCAAUACCAAGAGGAGGCUGUGUCAGAUGCACAAGGUCACUUCAGGAUCAGAGGGUUAUUACCAAAGUGCCAGUAUGAGUUACGACUUAAAGUGGGAAGUGGUAUAAAUCAGCAUGUUCAACGUACCUUGCCAUCAUCUCGUAUCAUUUACACAGACACCAGUGAUGUACGAGACCUAAAACUCAUAGUUUUGCGACCGUUCAAUCAAAUGGAUGUUGCCAUCAAGGUUGACACAGAACCUCAGUAUCUCUCAUCACUUGUUGCUAGACUUUACAGAGAUGAUCUCCCUGAUUCUCCAAUUCACUCUAUCAAGCUGGGUCCUCAUCCGUAUUUUAUGUUACCCCCAAUGACUGCGGAUAAACGUACAUACUUCUUGCGUUUAGAUUCUAAUCUUCCCACCUCACAGUAUGAAUACACUAGUCCUGAGAUAACCUUUGAAGCAGAUUCAGCAUUUGAACAUCUGAAUUUAAGUUUCAAACCAAUUUUAAGGAGUGUGGAUGCAGAAAUGAGUCAGGGGACUGUGGUUGGUUUUGCUUUAGCAAUUGUAUUAGUUGUAGUAGCCUUCAAUUAUGACAAAACAGGACCUACAGUGGAAAGAUUAUGUGGAAUACUAAUUAGUUUCACAGCACGUAAACCAGCUCCCAGAUUAGUGUCCAACUCAGAUGCUCAUGUUGGUGAGCUUGUAAGAAAGAAAGUGAAGUCUAGAAAAGUUUAGCAUUUAAAUCAUUGUCUGUUUACAUGUUAAUAACAGCACUUUCUGUAUGAUGUCAGAAGCCAAGUGUCAAACUAUCUUUUUUCAAGGAAGACAGUAUAUUUUCCCAUACCAAAGAGCUGUGAUAUCUCAAAACAGCAUGUGAAAAUAUAAUCUUCCUCAAAUUUGUAGUUUUCCAUACUUAUUGUAUGUAUUUAUGGAAUGUGAGGAUGCCAGGGUGAGUGUCAGUGCUGUCAUCUUGUUAUCAGAACAUACUGUAAUAAAAAUUACAUUAUGCACAAAAUACUGUUCAAAGUAUUGUUAAAAAUGUUAAGCUUAUGUAGUGCGGUAAGAUGUAGUGUAGUAACAACUGUAAUUUUUGUUAAUAAAUAAAUUUCUACUUCUAAGGA